AUGAAAAUGAAAAUACUUAUAUCGUUCGUCCUCGUCGUAGGAGUCUCCCAUGGUGCUCUCCUUGGGAAACAAGGAAUCCUGGCAUCAACCGCCAAAAAACUUGGCCUGGGCAAUAUUAUAAAUAUUAGUGCUGACGCCGAAGCUAACCUUCUAGGAAACAAAGUUGGAGUUGAUGGUGCAGUUGGUAUUGGUGGCGAUGGAAUGGGGGCCCAUCUCUCAGGAGAUGCUGAUGUUUUGGACAGAAGCUUAAUAUCCAUGGUGAUCUGCUUGAAGGACACGCUAUUGACCAACAUAACCACGAAAGACAGUCGCGGUCGUCAAUACACCCUUCAACGUCAGUACAUUGGUUCCAAUUCAGUUUUGGUCAGAAAAUACUUGGAUAAUGGAGAAAUUUACGUCGAUGGUGCAGAAAAAGAUAAUGUAUUGCAACAUUCUCAAAACGGUGGGGUUGUUCUUAACGGAAACAGUGGCUCCAAUGGUGUGUUGAUCAUCGGUGGAAAUAAAGUACAACAAGGAGGACUCCUUGUUAAUGGAGGUUCAGGUCUGAUUGCUACAUCUAGAGAUAGGGAUGCAUCAGUUCGUAUACCAAUAGGUUUUGAUAUUACCGGUCGCCAUUUACCUAAUAUUGAAGAAUGGUCAAGAAGACCAACCACAACUAUAGAAAUAGAUCCUGGUUUUGACGGUUCUAGGGGAAAUAAUUUAGAACUAGAUCCAGGUUUCGCUGGUCCAUGGAGAAAUCUAUUGAAUAUUAAGAGUGUAUCACCUCUACAUUGGCAAGAAUGGCUACUUGAACAAAAACAAAAAAAUAGAAACAUUGAUUUAACAAUUAUUGAAAACUGGAUUAAUCAGCAACAUCAAGUAUUGAAGGUAGAUAUUGGAAUUAUAGAGGGAUGGAUCAUUCAACAACAAAACUCUAACCCCAACUUUUUGUAUAACUGGAUAAUUAAUAAACAAGUUCCUAAUAUCUUAGGCAACAUAAGGCAGCCAAUUUUCGGGCAAAAUUGGUCUUUAAAUGGGGUUAAGUUACCAAAUCAAAAAGAAGGACAGCAAAUGUAUAUUCCUGACAUGAGAUCUUGGGAUGGAAAACUGAGACCACCACCAGAGCACAAACAACAACAGUCAAAUCCUAGCUUUUUAUACAACUGGAUAGUCAAAAAACAAGUUCCUGAUCUUUCAAGCAAACUUGUAUUUGAUCGCCCAACAUCCAGAGAUAGAGACUCAUCUGUAGUCCUCGAUUUUGGUAAAAAUAUUCUAGAUAAAGUUAAGAAUGGUGCUGAUAAGACAGUUCAAGUGAUUGACGAUGUUUUAAGACGACCAACAUCCAGAGAUAGGGACUCAACUGUUGUUCUUGGAGGUAACAGUAAUCUUGUUCUAGAUCAUCCAACAUCCAGAGACAGAGACGCGUCUGUUGUUCUUGUAGGUAAUGACAGACCUAUUCUUGACCGUCCAACUUUUGAUCUCCCAACAUCCAGAGACAGAGACGCAACUGUUGUUCUUGGAGGUAAUGGCAACCUUCUUUUAGAUCGUCCAACAUCCAGAGACAGAGAUGCAACUGUUGUUCUUGGAGGUAAUGACAGACCUAUUAUUGACCGCCCAACAUCCAGGGAUAGGGACGCGACUGUUGUUCUUGGAGGUAAUGGCAACCUUGUUCUAGACCGUCCAACAUCCAGAGACAGAGAUGCAACUGUUGUUAUUGGAGGUAAUGACAGACCUGUGCUUGAUCGCCCAACAUCCAGAGACAGAGAUGCAACUGUUGUUCUUGGAGGUAAUGGAAACCUUGUUCUAGACCGUCCAACAUCCAGAGACAGAGACGCAACUGUUGUUCUUGGAGGUAAUGACAGACCUGUGCUUGAUCGCCCAACAUCCAGAGACAGAGACGCAACUGUUGUUCUUGGAGGUAAUGACAGACCUGUGCUUGAUCGCCCAACAUCCAGAGACAGAGACGCAACUGUUGUUCUUGGAGGUAAUGACAGACCUGUUGUUGACCGUCCAACAUUUGACCUUCCAACAUCCAGAGACAGAGACGCAACUGUUGUUCUUGGUGGUAAUGGCAACCUUCUUUUAGAUCGUCCAACAUCCAGAGACAGAGACGCAACUAUUGUUCUUGGAGGUAAUGACAGACCUGUUGUUGAUCGCCCAACAUUUGAUCUUCCUACAUCCAGAGAUAGAGACGCAACUGUUGUUCUUGGAGGUAAUGGAAACCUUGUUCUAGACCGACCAACAUCCAGAGAUAGAGACGCAACUGUUGUUCUUGGAGGUAAUGACAGACCUGUUCUUGACCGCCCAACCUUUGAUCUUCCUACAUCCAGAGAUAGAGACGCAACUGUUGUUCUUGGAGGUAAUGGAAACCUUGUUCUAGACCGUCCAACAUCCAGAGACAGAGACGCAACUGUUGUUCUUGGAGGUAAUGACAGACCUGUGCUUGAUCGUCCAACAUCCAGAGACAGAGAUGCAACUGUUGUUCUAGGAGGUAAUGACAGACCUGUGCUUGAUCGCCCAACAUCCAGAGACAGAGAUGCAACUGUUGUUCUUGGAGGUAAUGACAGACCUGUUGUUGAUCGCCCAACAUUUGACCUUCCAACAUCCAGAGACAGAGACGCAACUGUUGUUCUUGGUGGUAAUGGCAACCUUCUUUUAGAUCGUCCAACAUCCAGAGACAGAGACGCAACUGUUGUUCUUGGAGGUAAUGACAGACCUGUGCUUGAUCGCCCAACAUCCAGAGACAGAGACGCAACUGUUGUUCUUGGAGGUAAUGGCAACCUUGUUCUAGACCGUCCAACAUCCAGAGACAGAGAUGCAAGUGUUGUUCUUGGAGGUAAUGACAGACCUGUUGUUGAUCGCCCAACAUUUGAUCUUCCUACAUCCAGAGAUAGAGACGCAACUGUUGUUCUUGGAGGUAAUGGAAACCUUGUUCUAGACCGACCAACAUCCAGAGACAGAGACGCAACUGUUGUUCUUGGAGGUAAUGACAGACCUGUGCUUGAUCGCCCAACAUCCAGAGACAGAGACGCAACUGUUGUUCUUGGAGGUAAUGACAGACCUGUUGUUGACCGUCCAACAUUUGACCUUCCAACAUCCAGAGACAGAGACGCAACUGUUGUUCUUGGUGGAAAUGGCAACCUUCUUUUAGAUCGUCCAACAUCCAGAGACAGAGACGCAACUGUUGUUCUUGGAGGUAAUGACAGACCUGUGCUUGAUCGCCCAACAUCCAGAGACAGAGAUGCUACUGUUGUUCUAGGAGGUAAUGACAGACCUGUUCUUGACCGCCCAACAUUUGAUCUUCCAACAUCCAGAGAUAGAGACGCAACUGUUAUUCUUGGAGGUAAUGGGAACCUUGUUCUAGACCGCCCAACAUCCAGAGACAGAGACGCAACUGUUGUUCUUGGAGGUAAUGACAGACCUGUGCUUGAUCGCCCAACAUCCAGAGACAGAGACGCAACUGUUGUUCUUGGAGGUAAUGACAGACCUGUUGUUGAUCGCCCAACAUUUGACCUUCCAACAUCCAGAGACAGAGACGCAACUGUUGUUCUUGGUGGUAAUGGCAACCUUCUUUUAGAUCGUCCAACAUCCAGAGACAGAGACGCAACUGUUGUUCUUGGAGGUAAUGACAGACCUGUACUUGAUCGCCCAACAUCCAGAGACAGAGACGCAACUGUUGUUCUUGGAGGUAAUGGUAACCUUGUUCUAGACCGUCCAACAUCCAGAGACAGAGAUGCAAGUGUUGUUCUUGGAGGUAAUGACAGACCUGUUGUUGAUCGCCCAACAUUUGAUCUUCCAACAUCCAGAGAUAGAGACGCAACUGUUGUUCUUGGAGGUAAUGGAAACCUUGUUCUAGACCGACCAACAUCCAGGGACAGAGACGCAACUGUUGUGCUUGGAGGUAAUGAUAGACCUGUGCUUGAUCGCCCAACAUCCAGAGAUAGAGACGCAACUGUUGUUCUUGGAGGUAAUGACAGACCUGUUGUUGACCGCCCAACAUUUGAUCUUCCAACAUCCAGAGAUAGAGACGCAACUGUUGUUCUUGGAGGUAAUGGCAACCUUGUUCUAGACCGUCCAACAUCCAGGGACAGAGACGCAACUGUCGUCCUUGGAGGUAAUGACAGACCUGUUCUUGAUCGUCCAACAUCCAGAGACAGAGAUGCAACUGUUGUUAUUGGAGGUAAUGGCAGACCUGUUGUUGAUCGUCUAACUUUUGACCUACCAACAUCCAGAGACAGAGACGCAACUGUUGUUCUUGGAGGUAAUGACAGACCUGUGCUUGAUCGACCAACAUCCAGAGAUAGAGACGCAACCGUUGUUCUUGGAGGUAAUGACAGACCUGUUCUUGACCGCCCAACAUUUGAUCUUCCAACAUCCAGAGAUAGAGACGCAACUGUUGUUCUUGGAGGUAAUGACAGACCUGUUGUUGACCGUCCAACUUUUGACCUACCAACAUCCAGGGACAGAGAUUCUUCCGUUGUUCUUGAUCGCCCAACAUCCAGAGAUAGAGAUGCUUCUGUGAUUCUAGGUAUUGGUAAAAACGUUUUAAACAACGUUAAAAAUAGUGCUGACAAGACUGUUGAAGUUGUUGACAAUGUUUUAAACCAUGCAACAUCCAGAGACAGAGAUUCUUCUGUAGUAAUUGAACUUCCUAUAUCAAAGAAUAAAGAUAAUUCAGUUCUUCUUAAUGGCAACGGCAAUAAGUUAGACCUACCAACCGGCAAUACAGAAAUUGAUCCCGGCUUUGCUGGUCCAUGGAGAAAUAUAUUGAACAUUAAGAAAGUACAACCAGAAGAUUGGCAAAAAUGGUUGAUUCAACAGAAACAAAAGAACAAUAUUGAUAUAACUGUCAUUGAAAAUUGGAUCAAUGAACAACAUGAAGUACUAAAACUAGACCAAGGUCUGAUAGAGGGAUGGAUCAUUCAGCAACAGAACUCAAAUCCAAGCUUUUUGUACAACUGGAUAAUUAGGAAACAAGUUCCCAAUAUAUUAAAUGGCAAAGGACCAGUAGUAGAACCAACAUUUAAUGUAAAAGUCGAAAAAGUAACCCCAGAAGCUUGGCAACAAUGGGUAAUCCAGCAUAAACAACAAAACAGCGUUGAUUUAAGUGUUAUCGAAAACUGGAUUUACCAGCAACACCAGGUAUUAAAACAAGACGUAGGAGACUUGGAGGGAUGGAUCAUCCAACAACAAAGAUUGAAUCCUAGCUUUUUAUACAACUGGAUAAUCAAGAAAGAGGUUCCUAAAAUUUCAUCCCAAUGGUUUGUCCAACGUAAAGAUUCACAAGUUGAAGAACCUGAAGUUUCCCGUCUAUGGAUUAACGGACAAAUUGUUGAAAGCGUAGCACCAGCUGUUUGGCAGAAAUGGAUAAUUGAACAAAAAGAGAAAUACAACAUUGAUAUUAACGUUGUAGAGAAAUGGAUAAAUCAACAACACCAACAAUUGAAUUUGGAAGUUGGAUUCUUGGAAGGGUGGAUCAUCCAACAACAAAAGACAAAUGCUAACUUCUUUGUGGUUUCGCAACAACCACAAAGUUCCGGCACUCUUCACGUUUGGAUCAAUGAUAAAAGCGUUGAGAAAGUUUCCCCUCAGGUUUGGCAAAAAUGGAUAACUGAACAACAAGAAAGAAACGGCAUUGAUGUAAGUCUUGUAGAGAAAUACAUCAAUAAAUGGCACGAAUCGCUAAAGGUAGAUGUUGCAUAUUUGGAAGCAUGGGUUAUCCAAGAACAGCAAGCUGACUCCAAAUUUUUGUAUAGAUGGACAGUCGAAAGAAAAAUUCCCGCUAUUUCUUACAAGUGGAAGAUUGAAAGACAGACAGUACAACCUGUAAUCACAAGCAGCUCUUCACAUUCGUACACAUGGAAAGUAGAAAAACACGCACAAUAG